CUUCUUGACGCAUUUAUCCUUUCCGAAAGCCUCCUCAACCCCCCCAAGUUGACAAACGAGCGCAAAUGUUCACCUCCACCUCCACCUCCACCUCCACCUCCACCUCCGCCUCUCAUCGGAGGCUCAAACUCCUUGCAGUCAACAUCUUCAACGGCGGCAUAGACGACCACACAACGCCAGAAACCGCCUACUCCUCAAAACGCGUCGACGUAUUGACCGGCUGGUUGCGCGCCCAAGAUGCCGAUAUCGUCUGCCUCAGUGAGCUCAACGGCUGGACGGACGACAGCCUCCGAGCUCGAGCUAAAGAUUGGAACCACGAAUAUUGUGUGAUGAUGACAGAGACGAACAGGGAAUUCAGGCUGGGUAUCGCGGCGAAACAUCCCAUACUGCGAACCGAGAAGAUCGCGGAAGGUUUGUGGCACGGGAUGUUGGUGGCUUCUAUCGACGUUUCUGGUUGUGGGAUACCGGACUUGGAGAGCCUGAAUGUCAUUGUGACACAUUUGAACCCUAUGUCGGCGAGUGCGCGCACAGCAGAAGCCGAGUUGAUAGGCCAGUACAUCCGGGCCCCGCGAGUAGAGACAGACGAGCAGAGCAACUGGAUGGUGGUCGGCGAUUUGAACUCCUUGUCGUCUGCGGACAGAUUCUUCUACGAUUCUGCUGGGGUGGCGUCGACCUUUCGCAAGGACCUCAAAUUGACUUCGAAGUUCCUCAAGCAAAGUGGUGAGAUUGACUACGGAACCAUGGCGGCGUUUGAAAGGGUUGGCUUAGUAGAUCUCAGCUGCAACAAAGGAGUCGAUCAGGGUCUAGAUUACAGCGUGCCAACGGAUCUAGCCGUUGAUGACAUGCAUGCUGUACGGAUGCGGCUGGACUAUGCAUUGGGAAACAGCAGCGUGGCCCACAAGGUCAAAUCUGCGCACGUUGUCCGCACGGCUGAAACGGCCCGGCUGUCUGAUCAUUAUCCAUUGGAGGUUGCUCUGGGGGAUUGAGCUGCGGAACCAUGCUUUCGCACCUCUCCCCUAGGCACAUAAGUUCCAUAGGUAGCUAUCAUAUUGAACCAGACGAGAUAACAAUCAUACAGCGAUACGCCUCCGAUUCCAAACAACUAUCUACUCCAUAAAGACUAUCUUGCCCGAAUUUCUGUUAUCGCCCGUGGAUCUAUACUACAGAGCCCCUCUCUCUACGAGGUUGCCGUCCUAUAUGCCUCCCACUCCCACCAAAAAAAAGAGAAUAUAAAAAGUCGUGUGAAAUCUGAAGCUCGAGAUGAUAUGAUAGACUGCCUUCUAUUUGCGCUCGUCCUUUUUGGCUAGCAGGCUGAUGUACCAGCUUGCAC